CUCUACCUAGCUAAGCAUCUUCUUCAUUUUUUCGGCGGUGACCGGAUGGAAAGCUCGAGGAGCUGCCUCGUGGACGACGUGAGCAGCGGCUCGUCCACCGGCAAUAAGGCGUCUCCGGUGCCGGCCGCGCCGGCGACCAAGCCGCUGCAACGCGUGGGCAGCGGAGCCAGCGCGGUCAUGGACGCGCCGGAGCCCGGCGCGGAGGCGGACUCCGGCCGCGGCGGGCGGCUGCCGUCGUCCAAGUACAAGGGCGUGGUGCCGCAGCCCAACGGGCGCUGGGGCGCGCAGAUCUACGAGCGCCACCAGCGCGUCUGGCUCGGCACGUUCACGGGGGAGGCCGAGGCGGCGCGCGCCUACGACGCAGCGGCGCAGCGCUUCCGCGGCCGGGACGCUGUCACCAACUUCCGCCCUCUCGCCGAGUCCGAUCCGGACGACGCCGCCGAGCUCCGCUUCCUUGCCGCACUCUCCAAGGCCGAGGUUGUCGACAUGCUGCGCAAGCACACCUACCCCGACGAGCUGGCUCAGCACAAGCGCGCCUACUUCGCCGCCGCUGCGGCUUCCUCCCAUACAUCGUCGUCGUUGCCUCCUGCCUCGUCACCUUCUUCGCCGGCUGCGCCCUCGCCUGCGGCGCGGCGCGAGCACCUGUUCGACAAGACGGUCACGCCCAGCGACGUGGGGAAGCUGAACCGGCUGGUAAUCCCGAAGCAGCACGCCGAGAAACACUUCCCUCUGCAGCUCCCUGCAGCCGGCGCCGCCGUGCCCGGCGAGUGCAAGGGCGUGCUGCUCAACUUCGAUGACGCGGCUGGCAAACUGUGGAGGUUCCGGUACUCGUACUGGAACAGCAGCCAGAGUUACGUGCUCACCAAGGGGUGGAGCCGUUUCGUCAAGGAGAAGGGCCUGCACGCCGGGGAUGCCGUCGUGUUCUACCGCUCCGCCUCGGGCAACAACCAGCUCUUCAUCGACUGCAAGCUCCGGUCCAAGACCACCACCACCACGACGGCCUUCGUCAACGUGGCGGCGGCCGCCCCGUCGCCGGCACCGGUGACGAGGACCGUGCGACUGUUCGGCGUCGACCUUCUCACGGCACCGGCGCCCGAGCACGAGGAGUACGGCAUGGCCAAGACAAACAAGAGAUCCAUGGACGCCAGCGUAGAGGCGCCCACUCCGGCGCACGCGGUCUGGAAGAAGCGGUGCGUAGACUUCGCGCUGAUCCCACAGUGCCCGAGGUCAAGAGAUCAACUAGUAGGAGUACAAGCAGCAGAGAGUACAUUUGCUCUAUAGACUUGUCACCACUCGCCACGCAGUGCCCGGGGUCAAAAGAUCAGCUGCAAUCAGCAGUGCAAAUACUCUUGACCGACUCACAUAGUCACGUUCUGUUGAUUUACCACUGGAUCCUCUCCAAGAUUAGAGAUUUGAGUUUGGAGGAGAAGAGAGGAGAAGAGGGGAAGAGUACUCUGGAAGUUUUGGUCGGGAAUAGCUCACACUCGAUUCACUCUCCUGUAUAGGAUAUUUACAGAGUUGCAACUUUACACAUAAGACCUCUAGCUAUCCUACUUUUGCAACACAAGGACCACCAACACUCCCCCUCAAGAUGGGGCAAAGAUGUCAAUAAGCCCCAUCUUGUUACAAAUCCUCAUA